AUGGCCGAGCCGCUUGCUUCGCCUGAUGAAGCUUCACUGGAAGAUCUGACACCUGAGGAGGCGAGCCGCAAAGUCCAAUAUGGCACUGCAUGCUGGGCGUGUCGCCAGCGCAAAGUCAGGUGUGACAAUAAGCAGCCAUGCGAGAAUUGCGUCGAACGAGAUUACGCGCAGCUGUGCUCAUAUGAGCCGAACCACUCGUACACCAGCAAGCAAGUUGCCGUCAACUCGAAGGGCUCCAAGGCGAGGAAGAGACGGCACUCGGCUCCGUAUGAACGAGAUGAGGUUGCCGAACAGGAACAGCGUCGCUCAAACUGGCUGCGUACGAUAGGCAACGCAGAUGAACCAGAUGCCACGGAGGCGUCACGUUUUCUGGGCCAGAACAGUAUUCCUGUCUUGCUGCGAGAGCAGUCCUCGCCAGAUCACCAGAAUCCAGGAGGCGCUGUGACGUCAGACAUCCACCAAAGCAUGGGGUCGAUCCUGGGAUUGGACACCUCAGCGCCGUUUCCUCUUAUGUCAUCGCGGCACCUCAACUGGUUGGCUCAGGACAUCUCCAGUGAGCUGCCUUCGGAUCGUGAAGUUGAGGUACUCUUUCAAACUUACAAAGAGAUCCCUCAACCGUUCUGGGGUUUCGUCGUGAACUGGGAUGAUCUCGAGUCCAAGCUCAUGGUCUACCUGGAAGACCGAUCACGCAAUGCGAGGAGCUCCGUGAAGAGUGGUCGACCUGUGUCGGCAUCGUGGUUGGCUGUCUUGUUCGCCGUGCUAGCUGUUGGCUCCCAAUACAACGAGUCGCCAUAUGAUGUACGUACACGGGACUCUCAGAAGUAUAUUCAGAUUUCAUCCCACUUCCUCCGGCUGGGAAACUUUCUCCUUCGACCGACAUUUGAUUCGAUCCAAGCACUACUACUCACCAGUUUCGCUCUUCUCAAUGACAUGAAAGCCGAGGCUUCAUGGGCUCUCCUGGGGCUGACGUGUCGAUUGGCCCAAUCCCUCGGCCUACAUGUGCCACACACCCCAGAUGGCCGUGAGAGCGGUGCGCUGGACAUGGCGAAAGGAAUAGCUCGCCGAAGAAUCUGGUGGACUUGUGUUUGGCAUGAUACUCUGGCAUCCCUUUCCUUUGAUAGGUCGCCUAUGACGAAUAUCCCAAGCUGUUCAAUACCCGUUUGCUCGGAAAACCCGGCAGGCGGAUACACCUAUCUUGAAACCAUGUAUCAUCUCAUACAGAUCAUUUCUCGCCGAUUGAACCCAGAUGUCAUAGCCACAGCGUCGUACACUCAGAUCCUGGAUAACUGUGAAGCAGUGGAAGCACUGCUCGCUCGGGCCACACCUCAGAUCCAGCACAAGGAGCAUUGCAAGACUGCGGUGGACCGUCUCCAAUAUUUUGCUAUUCGCCUUCACACAUCAUACAUCACCUCAGUUGCUUGUCGACCCUCGUUGAGACGCGACUGCACUAAGCUUGAUGCUGGACAGAAGCACAUAUUGGCUGAGCGAUGCAAGGUCAAUUUGACGGAGACUGUGCGAAUGUUUCUCGCAAUGCAUCAAUUGUCAGUUAUUCCCACUCGAAGCUGGGCAUUCACAUACCACGGCCUGUCGUCUGCGCUGCUCCUCGGGAUAUUGUCUGACACAAGGACUGAUCCCGAGGUUCGCCGGCUGCAAGGUGAUUUGAUUGCGGCGCUCUCGGUCACAGCCAAGGAGCAGGGCGAUCCCCAGUCUCAAGUACCCAAUCCAGACAAGGACAUAGAGUUGUCGGGUCCUCUUUGGCGAGCCCUCGCGGCGCUGAAGAAUAUCUACGACCACGGGUCCGUCGUUGGCUCUGGAUCUAAAAAGCGCCGUGAUUCCUCUAACGACGACCGCAGCCCUUUGUCGGCACUCCCCCCAGACGGGCAAGCCGCAGCCGCAGCAACCACCCACCCCCGCCAGCAGGGCGAUGACCCUCACCAAGACGCUGGACUUGCCCGGGCGCAGCAGAAUAAUAUGGAUGUGGACAACCUCGGAGGCGUGAAUGUCGAUCCCGCAUCAUACAUGGCGCCGAUGGACCUGUAUGAGUCAAUAUGGGUUGGCAAGGGACUGUCAGGUUUGACAACAGGUGCUGACCCGACUGGCAUAGAAUCGGUGGACCCGUGGAAUACGACGAUGGAUUCGAUGAGUUUUGAGUUAUUUGGCGCACCCGCCUCCGGCCAGCCUCAGCAGAGUGUAUUUUUAGGAGGGAAUGGCUGA